CACCAAUCAAACGUCCGAACUGAGGAGCGACAAAGGCGGAGGACAACACAAACGUCGCAAACACAAACACCCUUCCACACCACACCUCGAUGGACUGGGCGAGUGAGGAUGCGCACCUGCGGGAGCGGCUGACCGCGCUGGUGCAGUUGCGAGAGCGCAUGGGCGUGAGCCCCUUGCCAAAAGAAGUCGUGCAGGCACUGGAGGAGCGUGGGCGACGCGCAGAACAACAACAAGAGCAACAACAACAAGAACAACAACAACAAGAAGGACAGCAACAACCAUCGCAGCAAGCAGGGGUUGCAGGAGCAGUGGGACGGCAAGGGCGCGCCCCAGACGAUGAAGAAGGCGGGCUGGAAGCCGACGAAGCAAACAAGUUGACAAAGGCGCUGUGCGACCAGGUUGCUUGUGCACUGCGAGAGCCGCCGCAAAUCUCGACAAAAGGCGACAUGGACAUGACACUCCUGCGUCAGCACGAGGACGUGCAAUACAUCCACGGGUGUUCGUGCCCAGAGAGCAUGGCUCACAUGCUGCGGUUUAGUACCAGCGACAACUACGACCUCGCUCGCUUCCUGCGUGCGCGCAACUACGACGUGGACAAGGCGGAGGCGAUGCUGCGUGGGUUUCUGAAAUGGCGAGAGGAAGAGCACGUGCGCACGUGCUUGCUGCGACCAGACCCCAUUGAACUGCUGUGGCAAUGCCACUCGCCCGCGGACCACUAUGGUCACGACCGCAUUGGCAGGCCCAUUGUGAUUGAGCGCAUCGGCGUCGUCCGGCUACACAAGCUCCUCCGACUCAUUGAGCGCGAGGACUUUAUGACGCGCCACUCGCGACUCAUGGAGAUGGUCAUGGCCAGCGUGCGGUGCGCACGGCGCAAGUACGGCGCGCACGUGACGCAGCACGUCGUCAUCAUGGACCUCAAGGACCUCUCGUUCCGUCCACAUCCCGCCUCCAUCCCACUCUUUCGCCAGAGCAUCGACAUGGACCAGCUGCCGGAAGAAUAUGGCGGGACGAGCACGCGGCCGUUUCCGCGCCAGCAGCCGCUGCCGUCGGACUGGACGCCACCGCCACUUGAGGAGCGCCGCCACCCGCACGUGCCGGCGGACGAGGAGGAGCAGAGGGAAGAGGAUGACGCUGAUGGUCUCGGUGCAACACGCGCACGUGAUGACGGACCCGGUGCGGGUGAGGGAAAUGAGACACAGCACAUGCAGGCCGAGGCUGAAGCCAGUGUGGACAACGGCAGCAGCAAGCGCAGCAACAGCAAUAUUGGCACUCGAAUAGCUACACACUGUGGGCAUUGUGGUGUGGGCAGAGACAAUGGUGGGUGUGACUGUGACACUGUGAACAAGGGCAAGGUGCGCAAGGUCAGCACUGCUGAUAGGAACCCGGACAGCGCUUUCAAUUACAACCAUGCUGACAAUGGAUGUGAGCACAACGACGACAACAAUGGGACGGACGAAGAAGCAGAUGUGCAGCAGCACACGCGUGUCCUGCAAUUGUUGCAGCGUCUUGCCACGACGCCUAUUGAUAUGGAGCACACGCAUGUUUAA